UUCGGGCCCUCCCCCUCCGUCUCGCUCGUGGUCUCCGAUCAUCGCGUCGCGCGCUGCUUCGUCUUUGGUUUGGGCGUUUACCGAGUCGGAACGGAGUGAUCGAGGUCUCGCUUUGAGUGGGGGGCUGGGAGGAGUUCUCCGUGCUGCUGGGUCGCUUGUCGGGAGAUUCUUUUUGGUCUUUCUAGUAUGGGUGUUGCGGAAUCUUUUUGGGGUUUAAGAGGAUGGUGCCGUGAGCUUUCCCGAUUGCGUCGAGAGGGGUUUCGUGUGUUCCCUGAAUUUGUGCAUCGUAUCGUGAUCUCGUGAUUGGUGUUGCUCGCAAUUUGUUGCCGGCUGCUUCCAGAAGUUCAUACUUGACGUACCUAGUUAGAAUUAUGAAUCCUUGGUACGUGUAGAAUAUCUGCAUAAACGUGCUUCGUAUUGUUAUCUUGAUGAUUCGAACCGAUCAUGGUGCCACUGUGCCAGAACACAUGUGGAGUACAUGUUCUUCUAAGCAGAGUCUAACAUGGAUCUGUUUCUCUUUGAAGUUUGAUUGGCGGCUUGGCCUAUUUGAAUGAGCCUAGUCAAUACCUUCUCCUGGUGUGCACUCCUCUAGUGUUCCCACUUUCCGAUGCUUUGUUCUCCGCUGUAGUUUCAUGACCUAUCUCCAUUGCACCAGGAUGUUUCUGGGGCCAGCUUUCUGAUUUCCGUAACUCUUAAUCUGGUUUCCGUACUUACUACUUACUAUCUAAGUUUGAGCGGCAGUUGUAGUUGAGUUGUAUGGUGUCUUUCUUCUAGUUCGGCUAUUGUCUUAGGUCCAAUUUCUCGUAGCUAUUUGUCUCCCUACCGUAAUAACCUUCUUUCAUUUUGCUGCCUCUUCUGCUGAGAUAAUAUUAAAAAGCUCUUGCUAUUUCUGGCAAAAUUCAUUAAAAUCACCUUAACUGUUGCUCUUCCAUUUUCAAAUAUAUUGAUAGGGGUAGGGCGACUUAAUUUUGCCACUUCGCGCGCUUUCAUGUUCUGUUUGACAUGUUCUCCUCCUGGUUGGAGAGGUGUACCGCUCCUAGAACAGGAUAGAAGAUUUAUAUAAAAUUAGGCCCUUCAGUCGCCCCAUGCAGUUAUCGGUCUAUCGAUGUGAUUGCCUCUCUUGUGAGGUAUGGAAAGUACAAGUUUUCGCUGUUUUUCAGAUCUCUUCUUUUUCUUUCGUAGAAUUGGGUAAAAGAAGAUUUACUGAUGGUAUGGUUAUUGUGAGUGAUUCGAUGUGCUAAAAUGACUUUCAGGUGUUCAGCAUUUAGCUAGUGGUAGUGACUGGUUUCAUAGACUUCCUCAUCAGCAUACAGGAUGUUAACAUUGGUGUGGUUUCGGGCAUUAAUUUUUCUUUGUAUGUGUCUUUUUAGGCUCCUCAUUCUUGAGUACGAAUAGUGCCUCUUGUUCUUCAAGACAAGGAGGCUUUUCCAAGUAUCGAUUACUGGAAAAAACAAAUCAACAUCGUAAUGGAUUUGUCUGUUAAACGUCAGAGCUGGUUUGGCCACUUAUACCAAACGCUAUGCCAGGAAGGGGAUGGGACUAUGAAGCAGGAUUUUGAUCAUAUCGAAAAGCAAGUAGAAGCUGCUGGUGAGAAAGUGAAAAGUUUUUGCUGUAAAAUCUUCCGUGAUGUGCAACCUCCUGAAAGAGAUGUCAUGGGAUUCGACCUUCAAUUGGAUUCAGAAGGAGAUACUUCCACCAGUGGCAGUGCUAGUUUAAUGAAAAGUGUUGAAAAUGAGCCUGGGAAGAGUAUCCCAAACCAAUCGCAGGUGGUCUCCCCCUUAGAGAAUUAUGUGGGUCAUGAAUUGAGUGAACCUGAUCCUUUUAUAGUUGACCCCCAGUUGGAUCCUCAGAGAAGUAUGCCAGUGGUAGAAAGUAAUGAUGAACAUGUCCAGGUGAUCACAGAACAAUUGCAGGUGACCUGCCAUUUGGACCCUUUUCAGGAACCAAUUGAACCCCAAACUUUUAAUUGCUCUUCUCAGAAUUCGAUUGGGGUGCCAGCGUCUUUCUCAGAUGUGGGGCUACCAGAUGAACCUGCUUCUUUUGAUAGUAUAAAGAACCAAGGACGUACAAUGGAUGAUCCUAGUCAGGAACCAGAACAAAGUGAACCUCAAACUUCUGAUCCCUCCUCUGACAAUUUGUUUGGGGUGGCGGAGUUUUCCUCAGAUUUGGGACAUACAUUCAACGACCCUAGUCAGGAGCCAACUGGAUCUCAAACUUCUUAUCCCUCUUCUCCAGAUUUGUUUGAGGUGCCAGAGUCUUCUUCAGAAUUGGAAUUGCUGGACAUAACAUUUACUUUUGAUAGUGUGAAGAACCUACCAGGACAUUAUUUUGACAACUCUAGUUGGGAAAAAAGCGAGUCUCAAACUCGUAAUCCCUCUUCUAAGAAUUCAUUUGAGGUGCCAGGGUCCUCAAAUAAGGUACUACUGGACGAACCAACUGCUUUCAGUAGUGUGAAGAACCAACAAAGACAUAUAGUCGACUCCCCAAGGGCUCCAGUGUCUGUGCAUUUACUUGAGGGUGGACGGUCCAAAUCAUCUUUGGGGCAUACAGAUGGUGCCUUGACUGAAGAAAAGGCUGCCAAGUUUUUGAAGGAAAAUGCUGUGCAGGGGGAGCCAUCUGCACCUGAGGUGUACAUAAUCUCUUCUGUUGAAAAGGAUUUAUGUGAAGCUGAUUUUCUGUCCAUUCAUCUCCCUAGCGAGGACAAUGCAAACACUGAAAGUUUAGCCCCAAACAAGCUUUUGCCUGCAAAUUCAGUUCAUGCUGAGGUGGACCUUGUCCCUUCUGACAACUUCACAGUCGAAACUGUGUGCAGCAUUGGUGCUUCAAAUACGAACGCUUCAUCUGAUAUGUCUUCACCAGUUGCAUCUCAUGAGGAAGAGGCAAAGACAAUGGAUCUUGAAAGCUUAAGCUAUCCAGUGGAAGUUGAAUCUUAUGAGUCGGAAAUCUUGCCUGAAGUUUCCUUUCAAAGAGCGAGCUUUUGUGAUGAUGAAGUUGGUAUUUUGAGAAGUAUACCUCAUAGUUCCAGCUUUACCCCAUUCUCCCUAUCAGGUGGAAGCGUGGAAAAUGCCUCUGGGUUUAGUGACGCUACUUCUUUGACUGAAGCCUACAGAAAAGAGCACAUUCAGUUCGAUGAGUCUGCUGAAUUUCAUGAUCUCUCGUUCUCUUCAGAUAAGGACAAGGAGGUGAAGCUUGAGGAGAGCCAUGUUACUUUGGAUUCUCGUGAACUGUAUGCUCUGUCUCUUAGGAUCCAACGGCUCCAACGGCUCAGAUCAUUCAAGAAGAAGAUCAUGGAUACCUUUGCUCCAAGACAAAGGACAGUAAAAGAAUAUGAACAGCUUGGAAUAUGGUAUGAAGACAGUCAAAUUGACAGCGAGUUUAAUCGGGAAAUAGAACAUACUACUUCACCAUCAGCAAUCUCAGCCUUUUCAGACCGUCAGAGUUCGCAAGAACAUCAGAUUGACUCUGAUUGGGAACUAUUAUAGGUCAUACCUAUACUUCCUUAGGUAAACUGCAUUAGAAAGGUAAACCCGGCUUUUUUUACCAUAGGGAUGAAUUAGUUGUGGAUGAUCCACUGUGACAUUAAUAAGUAUGAUUGUCAGGAGGUUUUGUCGAAAUAUGGAGAUGAAAAAUAAAAAUAGUCUGAAAGAAGAUACAGCUUCCUAUAGAAAUGAUAUACUCGUAAGCAGGUAUCUUUUGUUUU